AUGGCGUCAACACAGCAGCAGCACCUCCUGCUCUCGCCAGCCGAGCUAGCCUACCUGCACAUCACCCUAAGUCAACAACCGCCGAUCCGCGCGGACGGACGCACGGCGACGCAGUUCCGCCCGCUGACGGCCGAGACGGGGAUCCUGCCGGGCACCAACGGCAGCGCGCGCGUGUGCUUCGCCGACGGCACCGAGGCCGUCGUGGGGAUCAAGGCCGAGGUAGAGCGCACGCGGAAGCAGGGGAUCGAUUACGCUAAGCAGCGGCGGCCGCGGAACAAGCAGAAGCAGCAGCAGAAGAAGAUCGCUGAGGAAGAAGUGGAAGUGGGUGAUGGGGAGAGUGAGGACGGGGACGAGGAGGGAGCCGUCCAUGAGCCGACGGGCGACAGCGAUUGGGUCAAGAUGACGGUCGAGAUUCCCGGCCUCCGCGACGACGACAGUGGGACUGUUUUCCUGGCGACGAUGCUGAGCGAGGCGUUGCUGGCCGACGGCGAGUUCGCCAAGAAGCUGUGGAUCAACCGGCGAUUCCACUGGAAGCUGUACCUGGACAUCAUACUCAUAUCCUCGCCGCUCUCCUAUCCGCUGCCGCUCCUCAGCCUGACGACGCACCUGGCGCUGCUCGCGACCCGCCUGCCGCGGCUGAAAUCCGAGGCCGACGAGGAUCCCAUGUUCGACGACGACUGGGCGGCCUCGCAGUUCAUCUACCCGCGCCAGGGCGAUGACAACACGUCUCCGUCUACAUCUGGCACGAGACCGCCGAUCACGCUGCUGGUCAUGGCCGUGGGUGACAACAUCAUCUUCGACCCCUCGAAGGAGGAGCUCGCCGUGGCCGAUUCUGCGCUCGCGGUGUCGGUGGGUGAGACCACUGGGGAUGCGGACGGGGCUGUGGACGUCGAUGAGGAGGGCAAGGCAUCUAGGAAUCUACGAUUACUGUCGGUACGGACGAUCGACCCGCCGUCGCGCUUGACGGCGCCCGGCAUACCGAACGCUGUCAAUGCUGCGGCUUGGGGACAGGGUGCCGUGGUAGCUAAGGACCCCGGUGCCAGAGCCGCGGAGACGGACGAGGUGGAGGGAGUGUGGAAGGCACCGCGAGGUGGAGCCAAGAUUGCGGUUCUGGGCGCAAUGGUGGCGAAGGUACUAGAGAAGGGAGGCGUGGCAGACGAAGUCCUCGAGGGCUUGUAUGGUGUUGAGUUGGGAUAG